AUGCCGUUCCCUGAACCGAUACCGUCCUAUUUUGACUUACAACCUUCGUCAGGACCAUCAUAUCAGUUUAGGUCUGUCGAAGAUGUCAACAAUAUUGUCCAAAUGCUGUUAUGGAAAGUCUCUCAAGAACACCGGUAUACUGGCGUUGGUUGCAUACAAGAGGAGCUUUUCAGGCAUUAUCCGUCAGCCAUCAAUUUUAUUACGAGCAUUCGAAUGAACGCAGACUGUAUACCCCGUCUGGCAGAACACAAAAAGUUGAUUCAAAGGGUUAACACGCUUUUGUGGGCGUAUGCUACUACUCGUAACGUUCUAACUUUGGCGGACAUGGAGCAGCUAAUACAGUUGGAAGCACCAAAUGAUUAUCGACUUCUUGGCCCAAUCGUAAGGUUACCAGCUGCACUAGAAAUACUUCAAGUUAGUGAAUUUGAUCAACAUAUAGUGGCGUGUUUCACAACAGGAUUUACAAAUCAAGCACUGAAAAUGUGUACAGAGGAUGUUUUAGAAGAACUAAAAACUUGCAUCUGUAAAAAUCGAUAUCGUUUACCUACAACUGUUAGUCGAGGAUCAGUUUGUUCGUGGUGGGAAUCAGUGUUUACAAAUCAUAUGCUGGGAGUUUUGGAUAAUGUCAGGGUCGUACAACAUAGCAAUCAGUAUCAAAAGUUAAAUCAGCUGGCCAAGUAUGGAAUUAGAAUUAAGGGGUUCUCCCAUCUUGUCCAAGAAAUAACAAAUAAUCUAAGACCUGAGAAUUUAAAUAAAGCUGCUAGACUAGCACAAGAUCAAUUAGAUAAUGAUAUCCGUCAAUUGUAUAAGGACUUUACUUCCUCCUUGGUGAGUAAAUCAGCUCUAAAGUCAUAUCGAUCUAUGAAACCAGUCAAUGUUCUUAAACAUUUGGCAACUUGUGCUACACAGUUACACGCUGAACUGCAAAAUUGGGCUGAAGAGAGAAGUUUAGUAUGGCCUAAAGGACAUUUAGAUUCGCUACUUGUAUUUGGUCAAUUUAUGCAACGUAUUGCUGCUACUGGGCCUUUUCGUACUCUCGUACAUUUACUCAUUCUACUCUUCAAUACGGAAUCAAUGAAUAUCAAGGAAUUAUUGACUCGAAUCGUAUCGUCUGUGCGUAAGGCGGAUCGAGUUUUGGAAUCAUCCUCACAACCAACAGCAGCAGAUGAUACGGAACUUAUUGACCUGACAGUUAAUUCAGACGAUGAAUUAUGUGACAUUUCAACGAAACUUGACGCAGAUGCUAUCACAACUAAGUAUCCCAAAUUGACAGAGAUUGUAGACAAAUUUAAUGAUUUGUUAAGACAACAACAGCAACACGAAGAAGAAGGUAAUGUUGUGAAUCAAUCCAACAAUUUGUGGUUAUCACUGGCAUCAUUAGAACGUGAAAUUUUCCCACAAGUAAUUGGUCAGAAUUCUCCAUCUUUAUUAAGUCAACUUGCUGAAGCUAUAAAUGACGGUGUGAACAAUGUGAAUUUAUUUCCAGUUAGUGUGACUGAUAUCAGAAAAGAUAAAAUACAUGAUGAAAACAGUUACAAUGAAUCAAGUCCAGGUAAAGCUAAUGUUUUACACGAAGAAUCAUCAACAUCAAGAGAUAUAGAUCCUGGACAAGUAUUUGACUUUGUACAGAAAUUGACAUGUAUCUCUUCGAGAAGUAAAGAGGAAUUGUGUAAACUUGUCUGUGAAAAUUUACGCAUCAUUCACACAUCGAAAUUGGAGCAGUUGAUUGAAUCAAUUUUAUCACAAAUUAUGGAUGAUCAUGAAAUCAAUAAAGUAAAACCAUUAGUUUAUCAUCAUCAUGUUCAUUUACCCAACAUUUUAACUAUGGAAGAAACUCAACAAUCUAUAAGUUUACAAUCGUCAUCAUCAGAUAUUAUUUCACGUUUGCUUACUCAACGUGAAUGUGUCCUAAGUUUUCUGUCAGCCUGUCCUUCUUUAAUGGAUUUAGAAGCAUGGUCUCAAUGGUAUCAAGAUUGUCUAUUCUAUGAUCGUUGGGGUAGUCUUGAUUCAUUUCUUAUAGAGGCUGGAGCUGAACAAGUAUGUGACCAAUUCAAUUUACUUGCUAUACGUAUACUUCCAUUUGAUGGUGCCGUUGUUGGUAACAAUAGCCAACUUUUACGAUUAACUGCACAUCCUUCAUCGAAUGAUUUAAAAGAUGCAUUAGAAAAAUGGCGAUACAAUCGUGAUUCUCUUACAAUUCGUCUUGUUGGAGAUUAUCUAAUCGGUUCAGUUAUCAAGGCUAGUAGAUUGACAAUUAAUCAAGCAUAUUCAAAUGAAUGGAUUUAUUUUGUAUACAGUCUAUUAAUGAAAUUACCAUACAGUCUAUUAGGUUUGGUAUUCUCUUUAAUUAUUAUUCCAAGUUUAGAAUCAGCAGGAAUUCGAUGUUCUACAUCAUGGCCAUUAGAUAAAUCUGAUAUAUCACUCAUAAAUAAUAAUGUUUCAUCUAUCAAUUAUAGUCUUUUACAUAUCUUCUUCCAUGAUGAACUUCUUUCUUUGAAUACAUCCAUUGAUGAGAAUAAUUCACAAUUGAAUCGAAUUUAUUUAAUUUCUGCUAUUGGUAGUAUUGGUUAUCAAUUAAAAUGGCCUGCUUACAUUAAAUAUUUGAAGAAAAUCGUUUUAAAUUAA